AUUAUUGGAAAAAGCAGCGGAUCCCGAUGGCAUGGACACUUACGCAAGGUCUGCCGCGCUGCCGUGCUACUGGAGCUUAUUUGCUGUCUCUUCCUUCAACCCAGCUCCACCGCCAUCGCCCCGCAGCCCAGAGAGCCCUGCCACAACGCGAUCAGCGACCACCGAGCCAAAGCAGGCGGCAUGAGGCUUGAUUCAGUACAUUUAUCCAUGCUGGUCAUCGGGGUCUCCUUCGCCUGCUACUCCCCGAGUUUGAAUUCCCUGCAGGACCAGGCUUACAAAUCCGCUGUGGUGAUCGAGGGCAAGGUGCAGUCUGCGCCUCUGAACGUCUCAGCGGAGCCGUACCGUGUGAGUGUCAAAGUGCUGGACGUGUGGCCGCGGAACAGCGGGGGUCUGGGACGGGAGCAGCUCGUCACCGUGGGGGAAUUCGGAUCGGAGGCUCCGUGCACCACAGUGAUAAAGAAUCACAAGUACAUUUUUUUCAUGGACCCAACCGAGGAGCCCUUGGUUUUCAAGGCAUCGUAUGCUCCCGUAGAUACUAGUGGGAAGAAUCUAAAAAAAGAUGUUGGGAAGAUAUUGUGUGAAAACUGCGCUAUUGCCCCAAAGUUGAAGCGAAUGAGGAACCCACUGAUGGUGGACGAGGGAAGCAGGCUCAUGGUCAAAUGUGAGGCUACAGGGAACCCCAGCCCUACCUACAAAUGGUUCAAAGAUGGCAGUGAGCUCAAGAAAAGCAGAGAGGUCAAAAUAAAGUCCAGCCAGAAGAACUCCAGGGUCCAGAUCAUCAGAGCCAAGCUGGAGGAUUCUGGAAAUUACACCUGUGUGGCGGAGAACCUUCUGGGGAACUCCAACUCCACGAGCACUGUUCAUGUCCAAAGCAUAACCACCACACUAUCGCCAGGCUCGGGCCACGCCAGAAGAUGCAACGACACAGAGAAGGAUUACUGCGUGAACGGCGGCGACUGUUACUUUAUACAUGGUAUCAAUCAGCUCUCCUGCAAGUGUCCGAAUGACUUUACUGGUGACCGCUGUCAAAACUACGUCAUGGCCAGUUUCUACCAGCAUCUUGGGAUUGAAUUUAUGGAGGCGGAGGAGCUCUAUCAGAAAAGAGUCCUGACAAUCACGGGUAUCUGCGUGGCUCUGUUGGUGGUGGGAAUCGUGUGUGUGGUGGCCUACUGCAAAACCAAGAAACAGAGGAAGAAGAUGCACAAUCACCUGCGGCAGAACAUGUGUGCAGAUCACCCCAACCGGAACCUAGCGAACGGACCCAAUCACCCAGGACCUGGCCCUGAGGAGAUACCCAUGGUAGAUUAUAUCUCAAAGAAUGUGCCUGCAACAGAGCGAGUCAUACGGCAUGGAACAGUGGCCUCUUUCCCCGGCAGCCAUGCGUCUUCCAGAUCUCACAACUCCUAUACCCAUGCCCAUUCAUCCACUCACAGACACGAGGAGCGGACGUGGAGCCUGGAGCGGACUGACAGUGUCCUCUCGGACUCGCCGGGCAUGACGUCGUCCUCCGUGGGGACCAGUAAAUGCAACAGUCCUGCGUGCAUGGAGGCCAGGGCUAGACGUGCCGCACACUGUGGCUUUACUGUGCCCCACCGGCCGGGCCUGCACUACGGAGACUCGUUCGACUCGCUGGGGGACUCUCCACACAGCGACAGGUAUGUGUCGGCCCUGACGACGCCGGCCCGCCUCUCUCCAGUGGACUUCCAUUACUCACUGCCCCCGCAGGUGCCUACCUUCCAGAUCACCUCCCCCAACACCAGCCAGGCCAUGUCCCUUCCGCCAGCCGCCCACACCCCCUACCCUCUGGAAGAUGACCAGCCUCUGCUGCGGCGCUACCAGGUCCCCCUGCACGAUGUCCAGCGCCAGGAGCCCUAUCGGCAGCAGCGACGCACCUACCUGAACGACAGCACGGGCAGCCUGCCAUCCAGCCCCUACCGGCUGGCUGAGGAAGAAGACUACGAGACCACGCAGGAGUACCUCUCCUCCCGAGAGCAACCAAAGAGAAGUGGGUCAGGCAGCGGUGGUGGUGGGGGUCGGCGCUUGCGGAGGUCCAGGCUGAACGGCCACGUAGCGCCGCGAGGAUACGAGGCAUCACGGGACUACGGCUCUCGCAGCUGCCUGACGGACAGCGAGUCGGAGGAGGAGGAGGGCGAGAGCACGCCCUUUCUCAGUAUGCAGAAUAUGAAUGCCGAGCCCUCCACCAUCUACAGGCCGGCCGACAGUCGGACUUCUCAGUCGCACUCUUCGGGGCGGCACGGUGCACGCGGGAACGUACAGACCAGACAGACGCACUCGCGGUCCAAACCGGACAAUGCACCCCACUAAAGAAAGAAGACGACCUACCAACAAAAAUCUAUAUACUAUAAACCUGCACCUAUAAGAAAUAUUUUUAUUUUAUAUAACUGACAGAUAUUCUAAACAAAUGAAAUAUUUAUUUUCAUUUUAGCAAAAGUUGUCUACUAGUUAACAGCAAAGACUUUUUUAUAGGGAAAACUCUAUUUAUAUGUACAUUUUGAUUUACAGCAUAAAAACACGUGCCAAUUUUUUCACAACUUAAAAAAUAGAGUAAUAUUGUGGUGCCUUUUGCUGUAUGCCGAUGCCAGAGGGCCAGUGGAGGUUUUUGUAGCCUUUCUUAUAUGGACAUCAUUUUUUAUACACGUUUUCUCUUUUGGCUUUUUCUUUCUUUCCAGGCUGCGUUCUUCUGGGGGUCUAGCCCCAUUUGAACAUUACCCCUCCCCUUCCACAUCAUGCAAUAUAAACCACUUAAUCAUAAGGUGUAUGUUUACAUGAAUAUAAUUCGCCUAUAGGGUUUAUCAUUUUUGGCAUCCAAUAGAAAAUCUGAUGAAUGCAACGCAGGUUAUUUUUGCUCUCUGAGUGAAGGAGUGUGUGUGUGUGUGUGUGUGUGUGUGUUUAGAUGUCCUAAUGUGGUGUUGUACCAACUCCUUGCUCUAUUGGGCACCAAAGCAAGCUGUAUCAGUAGAGGAAAGCUGCUGAUGCACAGUGAGGCCCAGCCUGGGCUCCAGGGUUGUGCUGUUGUUGGGUAGAGAGUUCUGUUGGGUAGAGCGUUCUGUUGGGUAGAGAGUUCUGUUGGGUAGAGAGUUCUGUUGGGUAGAGAGUUCUGUUGGGUAGAGAGUUCUGUUGGGUAGAGAGUUCUGUUGGGUAGAGAGUUCUGUUGGGUAGAGAGUUCUGCAUGUCGUUGCUUGAUGUGUGUUUACAGCUGCCCCACCUAACCUUCCCCACCCCACCCCGGUCAUCCUUGUCCCAACAGGGUAAGGUUUGUUUCAUGGCCCCCUCCUUGUCCCAACAGGGUAAGGUUUGUUUCAUGCCCCCCUCCUUGUCCCAACAGGGUAAGGUUUGUUUCAUGCCCCCCUCCUUGUCACAACAGGGUAAGGUUUGUUUCAUGGCCCCCUCCUUGUCCCAACAGGGUAAGGUUUGUUUCAUGGCCCCCUCCUUGUCCCAACAGGGUAAGGUUUGUUUCAUGCCCCCCUCCUUGUCACAACAGGGUAAGGUUUGUUUCAUGGCCCCCUCCUUGUCCCAACAGGGUAAGGUUUGUUUCAUGGGCCCCUCCUUGUCCCAACAGGGUAAGGUUUGUUUCAUGGCCCCCUACUUGUCCCAACAGGGUAAUGUUUGUUUCAUGGCCCCCUCCUUGUCACAACAGGGUAAGGUUUGUUUCAUGGCCCCCUCCUUGUCCCAACAGGGUAGGGUUUGUCUAAUGCCCCCCUCUUUGUCCCAACAGGGUAAGGUUUGUCUAAUGCCCCCCUCUUUGUCCCAACAGGGUAAGGCUUGUCUAAUGGCCCCCUCCUUGUCCCAACAGGCUAAUCCUCCAACGUCCUGGCCUAUCUGUGAUUCUGAAGAAGAAAUGCCAUUUGCCAGUGUACAGUAGCAGUUAGUCUGCCAUCAGUGAUAGUGGCUCAAUACAAAGAGACUUUCUCCCAUGACCCCCUAUGCCGCCUCCUCCUCCUCCUCUUCCUCACCUGUCCAUUGUGUCCCCGUGACCAGAGUAAAGGGCCGCACAGCGUCUCAGGACUUCCACCCACCCCUCUGCCCUCUCCCCCCUCCCCCUCUCCCUCUCCCUCUCCCAUCAGACCUGAGACUAAGGUCCCCCCAAGGACAUAAAGGACACACCCAACUUGCUAUUCCUCUGAGCACUCCCAUCUAGAGAAGUAAAGCAGAGUGGAGAA